GGCUUCACUCAACUUGAUAACGACACAGGUCUUAAAGCCCUUAACACCUUUUUGCAAGAUAAAUCUUAUAUUGAAGGUUUCGUACCAUCCCAAGCUGAUGUAGCCAUAUUCGAAGCCUUGAAUCAUAAAGUUCCAGACCCUACCAAGUUUCCUCACGCAACUCGAUGGUAUAAUCAAAUUGCCUCUUAUUCUGAUUCAUUUCUUUCGCUUCCUGGUACAAAAAAGGAUGCAUCAUCCUAUGGACCUGAAACUUCAGCAGAAGGAAAGAAAGAUGACGAUAGUGAUAUUGAUUUGUUUGGUUCUGAUAAUGAAGAAGACGAAGAAGUUGAACGACAAAAGGCGGAAAGGCUUGCUGAAUAUCAACGUAAAAAGGCUGCCAAACCAAAAGUUAUUGCUAAAAGUAUGGUUAUUCUAGAUGUUAAACCUUGGGACGAUACUACGGAUUUAGCUGAAAUGGAAAAAUCCGUAAGGAGUAUUGAGUUAGAUGGUCUCACGUGGGGCGCUUCUAAGUUUGUCCCUGUUGGUUAUGGUAUCAAUAAAUUGCAAAUUACGUGUGUCGUGGUAGAUGAUAAAGUUGGUGUUGACGAUUUGGAAGAAAAAAUCACCGGAUUUGAAGAUUAUGUUCAAAGUGUUGAUGUAGCUGCUUUCAACAAAUUGUAA